CAGAUCCUUGUCAAGAUCAAAGGCUUCAAUCUUUGUGAACACCGAUGAAUCAGGACCGCAUCCCGUAUGAUGACGCUGCAACGAGGGCUGAGGCUCGCUUCACAGAGCUUCAGUGCGUUUUGUUCGCGACAUCUACCCUCCUGCCUACAGAGAUGUAGUUUAUCAUCCUUAGAGCCACCGUCUAUCUCCCUGGAUGAAUUGGCCGAACGACGGAAGGCGCUGGUUUUGGAGCUAGGACGGCACGCUUCUCGUGUGUCCGAUAGUCCUUCUAGGCAUGUGGUUCUCUUCCCCGGUUCUGAAAUACAGUACAUGGCCUAUCACGUUCCCUAUCGUUUUCACCAAGAUUCGAACUUUCUAUACUUUACUGGAUUCUUUGACGCCAAUGCGAUCCUCGCCAUGGAUAUAUCAGUGCAACCAUCUCUUACGGUCAAUACUGAGCCACAGACAGACUACCUGGAAUAUUUAUUUGUUGAAGUACGCUCUCACCACGCUGAGGUCUGGAAUGGACCCACAGCAGGUAUUGCAGGGGCACAAGAAGCUACUGGAAUCCACAAGGUUUACCCCUUGCGUGACUUUCAGGAAUUUCUCAACCGCCUCAAUUCCAACACAGUUCUGUGGUAUUCUCCUCUGACUCACAAGGAUACAAAUUCCUUACCAGUGCCCAACAGAUUCGUUCUCAGUAAAGUCUUGCGUCAACGGGAGUCGCAUCAGAAUAAAAUCGAAAACCCAGACCUUUUGGUGGAUAGUUUGCGUUACGUGAAAUCGCCUGCAGAAAUUCGACUUCUACAACACGCUUGUCUGAUUACUUCUCAGUGUAUUGUAAAAGCAAUGGCUGCUUCUCAUCCAGACAUUACCGAGUCCACUUUGGAUAACCUUGUCGAGUUUGAAUCCCGCGCUCGCGGUCUUGCCCUCGGAUAUCCACCAGUGGUUGCUGGUGGACUACGAGCGAAUACCAUUCAUUAUAUGAAAAACGACCAACCAAUCCGUGAUCGCGAACUCGUACUAAUGGAUCUUGGUUGUCAGUACAAAGGGUACACAGCAGACGUCACGCGCACGUGGCCCGUCAACGGCCACUACACUCCUACUCAGCGCCUACUUCACGACAUUCUGGAAGAAGUUCAACGCACCUGUGCUAAUGCUAUUUCUCCAGAGCGGAAUUUGGCAGAUAUUCAUCGAAUCAUGCUGACUGAGCUGGCACGGCACUUAGUUUCUGAACGUAUAAUAACUUCGACCAAAGCCUUAGAAGCCGCGGAACAAAUCUGUCCACACUCCGUUGGACACUUUCUUGGGCUGGAUGUGCACGACACGCCUACGGUCUCGCAUUCCAAUCCCCUCCGACCGGGUGUUGUUAUCCCCUUGGAGCCCGGAAUUUACAUGCGGCCACAGCUGUGUGACAAAUACCAGAUCCCAAAAGAAUUCGUCGGACUUGGACUGCGCCUAGAGGAUGACUUUGUCGUAUCGCCCGAUGGUUCGGCCAUUCGUCUGACAGACCAGCUCCCAACCUCCGCAGAACAGUUGGAAGCACUGGUCGGUACAAACGUGAACACAGACCCUGUUGCACAUAGCGCCCGGGUCAAUUAGGCCCACUCAUAACAGGCGUUUAUUGCCUUAUUUUCCGAAUCCAUUGAAUUCAGAAAUAAUACACGAUA